AUCUCUUUGUUUUAAUUACAUAUACAGAAUUCAUCGGAUAUUAAGUUAGUCUAUAAAGCCACCCACAUAACUUUAAUUGCCACAACGAUAUCAUUGAACAGUUUAAUACACAGUAGGGCACACACUUUAAUAAAUUAUUCUAAAAAAUGCUCAGAGUUAUCGCUACAAUAUUCGUUAUAAUAAUUCAACAACUAGUUAACGCAAACAAUUAUUAUAAUAAUGCAACACUACAAAAAUACGGGAAAAACGUGUGUACGAUAGAAGAAGUAUUUUAUGAUGGUAAUAAUGAUUUGCCGACUAUGUAUAGAGAACAUGGUUUGACUUUGGAUAAUCGCCAAAAACAGACAUGUGGACAUAUCACACUUAGUAGGAACGAGUGUUGCGAAGGAUUUAAGCAAUUGAAAGGUCUUCCUGGAUGCACUAUAGUAAAAUCACCCAAUAAUAUGUUAGAAACUAUUAAGCUACUAGGAGCUAAUGAGUUUGCACGAUAUGCUAUGCAAUGCGGUCUAUUUGAUAUAUUGGAAAUUGGAGGACCUUAUACACUCUUUGUACCAACUGAUGAAGCAUUUGCAAAAAUGGACAAAUCAUUGAAGCUAGCUUUGGUUUCACGCAAAUUAACAACAAGCGAGUUAAUUAAGUACCAUGUUGUACCUUAUAGACUCAUCACACACAACAUGACAUCUAAUACACUUUUAGAAACCUUAAACGAUGGCUUACAUUUAAGGUUCAACAAACACUUCAAUCAAGUUGAAACGAUUAACUGUGUAAAAUUGAUCAGAAAAAACCGAAUUGCUAAAAAUGGUGUAGUGCACUUAAUUAAUACCGUACUAAACCCUCAUAUCUACUCAAAUCGAAAUUUGGUGCAAAUUAUUAAUCAAAACACUGAGCUUACAAUAUUUUCCAAAAUGAUUGAAACGUCACGUAUGCACCAGAGUUUAAAAGAAACUUUUCAAACAUACACUGUUUUAGCUCCAAUAGAUAAUGUUCUUCGAAAACUACCAAAUAAUCAACUUAGUAGAAUACUAGACGAUGAAAAGCUCAGUAAAGAAUUCAUUUUGAAACAUCUUCUACCUACAACAAUUUGUUUAAGUGCAAUAACUGAAGGACAAAUUAUAAAAACUCUAGGAGACGAUCAUUCUAUAAAAUUCAAUUGUGAUGCAUUAAACUCAGCGACUACUCAAGGAUACUGCAUAAAAAGCGAUUUGAAAUUGACGUUUAAUGGAAUACUUUAUGCAGUUAAUUUUGAUUUAAGCAAUUAUAAUGAAGGAAAAACAGUACUACAAAUAAUGAAUGACAUGGGCCUAACAGAGUUCCUUCAAAUCGUUAAUAUAGCCGGUUUAGCACAAACUUUUGACACAAAAAACAUGUUAACAGUUUUUGCACCUUCAAAUCAAGCAAUUAAAAGUAUAGACUCGACAGAGCUUUAUUGUAUAAAAACAGAUUCAGGAUAUGCAAAAACGUUUGUAGAGUAUCAUAUUGCUAAAGAAGUUGUAACACCUAAAAAUAUUUAUGACAACAAAAUCGUAGAGACUUUUAUUCCAGGACAAUAUUUACGUCUUCAGUGUGUUCAAAACACUUUUGGAGUAGAAGGACAAUUACUGAAUUUGCAGCAUAAAGUAGGAUUCAAUGGAAUUGUUCAUUUAACGAAUCAAGUACUUAUGCCUUCGACUAUAUCAGUACAUGACAUAAUAUCAAAAAAUAAUAGCUUUAGCAUAUUUAUGCGAGCUGUAAAUUUACUAGAUAUUUUACCGGCAACGUCACCAGAAUUUUGUGGUAAUCAUAACACUUACUUCAUUCCAACAAAUAAUGCUUUUAAAAAAUUAGGCAUAGAUAGAUUGAUAUGGAUUUUUAACAACCCCUUGUAUAUGCGCACUAUCUUGCAUAAUCAUCAGGUGGAACGUGUUUUGUCUACAAAACUAUUAAAAAAACAUUGGCAGUACGAAAUUCAAACAAAAAAUAAAACUAUAAUACUAUCACACAGAGGAAACAAGUUAAUGGUUAAUAAUGUAGAAGUAAUUGAAGCUGACUUAAUGACAACCAAUGGAAUAGUCCAUGUGGUCGAUGAUUUAAUUUUACCACAAUACUAACUAUUUAAAUUUAAAUAUUUUAAUCUAAGAAUUGUAGUAUACAAAUAAUUGUAUAAUUUAUUGAUUGUUCUAUUUGUAAGUAGUUUUUACAACUGACCACAAGUAUUUAUACAAAGUCUAUUAGUAAAAUGUUUCAUAUACUAAGAUAUUAGAAACUAACCAUUAAAUAAAGUAUCUAAAC